CUGAUCUCUGCCUCCAGAGGUCAUUCUCACUACAGUUGCCACUUGUUGCCAAAGCAGCGCGGGGGCUCCACCAUUCAACACACAACAAAAACACACACACAACAACAACAACAACAACAACAACAACAACAUUUCAAGUCAUUUUAUUUUGGUUCCGCCGACUCUCGAGACCUACAUGUCUGGAUGCUGAAUGCGGAGCGUUUCCAGGACUGAAGGACGACGCGUGAUCCGGCUGACAGCUCGUUUCGGCAUCCUGACGGAGAGCAGCAUGGUUGAUAACGCGAGGACAGCCACUACAUCUGCUCUGCAAGGCUCGUUCUCGUCCGCCGGCAGCCUUCCCCUCCAGGCUCCCUCCGCCUCCUCUCACAGCCCGUUCCCCGGCGCCCAGUCCCACCAGCAGCAGCCCUCCAGCGGCGGCAUGAAGCUCGAAGCCGUCAUGGAGAACCUGCAGCGGCAGCAGGCGGCGCGGCUGGCCCUGGAGGAGAAGCUCCGGCAGGCGGAGACGGAGAAAGACCUGCGCUCCAUGGUGGAGUCCCAGAUACACCAGCAGGCGCUGGCUUUCCGCCACUACCAGGCGGCGAUGCGCGGCGCCCUGGCCGCGGGAGUCGCCGUUUCGUCCCCCGGAGCGACGCUCCAGCGCCCGGAGCGACGCGGGACCGACGAGGACGGGAGCUCCUCCAGACCGGGCAGCGACGACAGGGAGCGGGGCGAGGACGGGGACGACACGGAGGAGCAGGAGGUCAUGGACGAAGAAGAGGAGGGCGAGGACGACGUCGGUUUGACCCACUACCGGGACCGGCAGCCGUCGCUCCACGGAGCCUGUCUGCCUCCGAAGGGCACCCCGCUGCAUCUCAUGGCCAGAGUCCCGGGGCCCUUCGCCCCGGGCCGCCGCGCAGAGUCCCCCUCGGCGCACCCCCAGCCCCAGCACCACGACUGGACCUACGAGGAGCAGUUCAAACAGUUGUAUGAGUUGGAUGAUGAUGAAAAGCGCAAAGAGUUUCUCGACGACCUUUUCAGUUUCAUGCAGAAACGGGGGACUCCAGUGAAUCGGAUUCCUAUCAUGGCCAAGCAGGUGUUGGAUCUCUACAUGCUCUACAAGCUCGUCACGGAAAAGGGCGGCUUAGUGGAGGUCAUCAAUAAGAAAAUAUGGCGCGAGAUCACCAAAGGCCUUAACCUCCCUACCUCCAUCACCAGUGCAGCUUUCACUCUCCGAACGCAGUAUAUGAAGUACCUCUACCCGUAUGAAUGUGAAAAGCGGGGACUGAGCUCCCCCGGUGAGCUUCAAGCAGCUAUCGACAGCAACCGGCGCGAAGGCCGGCGGCAGAGCUACGGCUCCGCCAUCUUCAACUACUCUCCCGUGGGCACGCCCUCCCUGCUGUCCUCGCCAAAGAUGCACAUGUCCCACCUAUCGAUGGCCACGCACAACAGUGGCCAUCUCUCACAGGUGCCUGUGAUCAAGAAAGUCUUUUUCUCCCCAGAAGAAUCCCUCCUGGGCAGCUGCCUGCCCAGCCGCCUGGCCCUCCCCAUGUCGCCCAGCGGGCACCACGCCGUGGCCGCGGCGGCCCAGGCGGCGGCCCUGGAACAGCUCCGAGAGAAGCUGGAGAGCGGCGAACCCCCCGAGAAGAAGAUGAUGACGGUGGCGGAGGAGCAGCAGAGGAUCAUGCAGCACGCCCUGCAGCAGAACCUGCUGGCCAUGGCCACACAGCUGCCCCUCAACAUCAAACUCAACAACAGAGAUGAUAGACAAGAGACCGCAUUGAACCUGUCUACCAACGGCAUUAGCAGCAUCAACAUGUCAAUAGAAAUAAAUGGAGUUGUCUACACAGGCGUCCUGUUCGCUCGGCAGUCGGCCAUAGCGGCCAUGACGGGACACCGCGGGAGACACGGCAACUGUCCGACUCAGGGAAAGGCCAGUCCCACACAGUUCCAGCCCUCCUGCUCCUCCUCCUCUUCCACGUCCUCCUCCUCUUCUUCACUCCACGGACACAGAAACUCCUCCCCCUGAGAUUCCUGGCCCCUCCCACCUUGCCCCCUCUCCCCUCCUCCCUCCUCCAUUAUUCUCUUCUCAAAGACACCAAACAGUUGGAGACGUAAUCAUCAGAGAAAGCCACAUUCAAGUUGUUUUUGAAGGUGGAUUUCUCUCCAGCCACUUCAUCAGAUUCCUCGUAGGUCAGCUAUUUACAGGCCAGAAAUCUUCCAGCCACCCUUGUCCCCCCCCUUCCCUUCCUGCUCAGUGUGUUUCCAGGACAUGUAAUCCCUGUGCAUCGUCAAAGACCUCCGUUCCGCGUGGAACACUUCAAAAGCCCGCUCAAGGUGCGCCCCAGAUGAAGCCAACGGAAGACUCCCUCUAGUGCACCAUUUCAAUCAAAAGACGAGGCGGCUGAGCAGCAAACCUCAGAAACUCUUACAGCUGAUACCAAAGAAAGGGAGGCCAUCUGCCCGGGCUCCACACAUCCAGCAUCUAAAGGGAGCUUUAGCGCCACUGAUCAAACCUGAAGAUUGUAGACAGAGCACCAAGCACAUCAUCAUGAAUUAUGUAGAUACACCAUGGUCUCAUGUCCAAUUAGACAGUUGGUCAAUAAGGUCUCAUACAGCUGGCUAGAAAGAGUGAUGUACCCCCCCACCCUCCCCUGGGUAACUUCACAAGUCAGAGUAAAGAGUCUUAAUAGCAGGGUCAGACAAUCAGCAGCUCGAUAGCUCGCUAACUAGCUAGCAGGCCAAAGGAAGCUAGCGAUACAAAGCUCAGUCCACUGGGGACCAACUCAUACUGACCCCCGGGGGCCAAACGGGCUGUCAGUCAGCAGGCGUUACACUGGAAUAUCAGAUUGUAAUGAUUGAAUUGAGCUCCUUUGUUGAAGGAUAUGCACCCAAGUAAGCAUUAUAUGAAACAUUAUAUUUACUUCUUCUCACUCCCAACUCCUCGAAGGACGAUCAGCUCUGGAUGGACAGGUCAAACCAACACAGGACUUUCACCCAGCAGACUGCUGUUUGUGUCUCAUGUUAAUCAAUGUUAUUUAUUUUACCUUAGUUUUCUUAUGUAACUCAUGCACUUAGCUAACGGCGCAUACGUAAGUUAUGUAAUAUUCAUAUUUAUUUAACGCAACAAAUAUACUUAGUGUCGCCCAAACCACAAUAUUAUCCUCAACAAAAGUGAACCUACUUUGGAAGUUUAUUUUGAAAAGCCACUGUAUGUCUGUAACGAGCUGCCCCCGUCAUGUGUAAAACUGGCUCUAGAGGGGAACCGAGAGCCUCGUCGUUGGAAGUGUAGGGCCACGAGCCAAGAGCCAGUAUUUGACCAGUUGGGAGUGAGAAGGCGUUGAUUAAAGCUACAUUUUGACCCAGAGUUUUUUUUAUUGGGCUUUACUGGUGCACAGUACUAAAUAUAUAAUGAUAAUAUCAGUAAUAAUCAAAUGACUCAUACCUGCGGUCCCUUAGGGCCUUGAGGCCCGGGGCAGUUGCCAGCUCAAGAUUUGAUGAAAACAAGGAAAUACACACAUCAAUGAACCUGAGCUCAUUGGACGUUUCAAAUUAGAAAAUGUAACUGAAGAUUUACUACUUGGAUUAUUUACUGUUAUAAGAGUUGAGCCAUUUUAGAAGUGUGCCUGCCCUUCUCAACUAAACAAUCAAGACCAAAAGGAAUAGAUUGUUGGCACCGUGAAUCCCUCAAAGGAGCUCAACUGCUCGACCUUUUGACCCGCCGGCGUGACAGAACGCGUGUUUAAAGUCUACAUUGACAUCAGUCUCGUCCUUUUCCCACCUACCUUUUCUCUCGCUGUGAUCACAAAAUAAGCGUCACUUGAUUUGGACACGCCCAAUCACAAGGACGCAUCGUUUUUACCAAAGAAUUUUAAAAAGUAUUUCUUUUAGUUUAUGGCAUAAAACUGUAUUUCACAACGCAUUUCACAAUGUUUUUCUGCUCACGACAAGGAAAGUACACUUUCAGAGUUCCCGUCCUCUCUGGUCUCCCAGAGUGCACAGAGACGGCGGCAGCUGGAAUCGAUGUGAUGGAAAGCGCCGUCGCGGUCCGGCGCUUUCCUCAUCCAUUACAGUAAAUAUUGCGAUCGACGUCGUUGCUCCACCGACGCGGUCGGAAAUGCUCACCCAAAAAGAAGAAAAAAAGAAAUCCCUGCUGAGGCCGAGCGCGGUCGGGCUGCAGCACACGAGGUUGCGUCGUCUCUUCGGAGAAAUCUCCUGCAACGCACAUUGAGCAACACAAGGACCGCGACCACGUGGACGAAGCAGCGGCGGCCUGUUCACGCGACAGGACGCACAAAAAGCACAAAGCUGACGUGACGGAGCCUCGUCAGAAACGAGGGGGACAGGAAAGAGUAGAGCACUUCAACCCCGGAGGCAGCAAGUGGGCAGAAAUACAGGAAGUGAUACAAAGACUUCCAUCAGUCACACGAUUCCUCCUCUGAAUGUCCUCUUUCCCCGCUGGAGACUGUGAUGUGCAGUUGAAAAGCGACAACCAGACCACGCUGCAGGAAGUCACGGCCGGUCCGAGGAAGGCAUCGCGUCCUCGGACACGAAACACUGGAACGAGGACAUCGGCUCCCUGGCGAUGGACUCGAGCACUCGUUUCAAAGCAGCUGGACUAGACAGAUGUUUAGCAGAGUUGCCAAGUGGGAGACGUAUUAUUUUAGUCAUCCAGGGUUGUGAAAGUAAAAAGCCGAGUUCAAUGUUACUGAGACUCACAUGGUAACUUCAAGGCUUGUGUGGACACGAGAACUCCUGGUUGGAACACCGGUACAAAAGAAAAGGACAGAUUUUGUUAGAAAAUAUACUUAUACUUAGUAACUGGCCACCCAACUACUGCACUGUGGAAAAGGAUACAAGCUGCUUCUCUCACUUCACAACUCUGUGUCACAUUGCUGAUGUCCAGAUUCUGUAGGAUUGUCUUGGGUCCAUUCAAACACGAUCCUGGCUACAAAUAUUGAAAAUACAAACUCAUUUUGUGGUGGUCUUCUGGGAGACUCUUAAGGUGGGGGAAGAAAGACAUGAGAGAAAAGGGGGUUGCGCCCAUUUCCAGUGUUAUUAGUGUUCAUUAGUGGUCCCCGACAUCAUUCUCAUGCUUCAACCGGCCAAACCUCAACUAGCAUGCACUUGGUUAGGUUUAGGAUAAGAUGGUGGUUUGGCUUAAAACCAUGUUAGUUACAUAACUUUUGUGGGUUGUGUUAUGUACGGAACAAAAGAAGUUACAAAUACAGUUUCACACAGGACACGAACAGCGGCCUCCUGGGUGAGACCUAGAGACCUAGAGGUCGACGUCGUCUCCUCGUAGUGGUGAUCCGCCAUCCGAAGAGAUGACAGCCUUUUGAACCUACUAGCAGGAGGAGCCACAUCUAUGAGGCCCUUAACGCCCACUCAAUCGGCUCACAACAACCUCCAUUCAGUCAAUUAGUGGGGAUGAAGUCUUGUGAUUUUUAUGUAUUGUUCUAUGUAUUUACACCUUAAAAGUCGCAAAGGACUUUGCCCAUCACCAUGCGAGUUUGUAUUUUUAACACUGCACCCCCCACACAGGAAAAAAGCACCGGAUGGCCCCAAUGGAUCCGGGCUCAUCCAGGCCUGUAUACAUGUUCUACUCACGGGACAGCCCAGUCUCACACUUGGAGCCCCCGCACAGCCGAACCCUCAGCCCCCCCCCCCCCGUACAUACUGCUGAAUGAGGCCGAUCGCUGAACAUUGGGGGUGACUGUUAGCACUGCAGCACGGCUCCACUGGCAUUCUUCUCACCAAAGAGUUUUUCAAGUUGUGACCUUGCUCAUGAGAUUUUAAAUUGUUUUGGGGUGGGGGGGUGGGGGGUCAUAACCAACAGCAGAGCAGACGAGCGAAAACAAAGUGACAGCUCUGCAUGCAAAAAAAAAGAAAAGAAUUGACUUGUGUAAUCGAAUAACAUGUUGUUUACUUUGUAUUAUGCUAUGCUGGUAGUUUUUAGACACUAAUCGCUUUAAUAGCUGUUUAUGACGCUUUAAAUGUUUCUUUUAUUUUCCCUUUUCAUUCAUCUUGGAUAAAUCCAGUGCAUUAUGGGAAUGCUGGAUUGUGGUGCUCAGGGGUUAAAAAAAAAAAAUAAAUUUAAAAAAUUUAAAAAAAGGUGAAAGAGAUUUUCCCGUUUUGACUUGUAGCGUAUUUAGAAAUAAAAAUGAUGCUUUUAACUUCA